GAGCCUAAGCUUUUCCGUGUGUAUGUGUGUGUGCGCGCGCGUGUGUUUGUGGAAAAGAAGUAUGAGUGAAUGUACGCCUGAGUCAAUAUAGAUAAGAAACGAUUGCGAUUCCCAGUACCGACACACACUCUGUAGCAUUAAUCGGAUAACUAAAUGUGACAAGUCGUUGCUUUAGUUAUGCCAAGUAACAGUUUAUUAGCAAACUAGUUAAUAAAAUUAACUUGUGUUCAAGUGGAAUACCCUAACUGAAAAUAGCGAGCCAGCGAAGAAAAAGCGGUUUGGAAUCUAUAAUAUGAAAAAAGACAAGGCUGAAGCAUUAGGUUUUGUCCCUCAAAAAGACAUUGUCUAUAACAAGCUUCUUCCAUACGCGGACAAGCUAGACAUUGAAUCCAAUGAAAUUUUGUGUAAAAUCAAAGGUAAUUUGGCCCGGGCAGUCCAGCUCAGGGAGUUAUGGCCUGGAGUCUUGUUUUGGACCCGGAAACUUUCUACGUACAUGCGGCUAUACGGGAGGAAGUUCAACAAGGAGGAUCAUGUGCUGUUUGUGAAUCUCCUCUACGAGCUGGUGACCAUCCCCAAGCUGGAGAUCAGUAUGAUGCAAGGAUUUGCCCGACUCCUUAUCAAUCUUCUCAAGAAAAAGGAGCUGCUCUCCAGGGAGGACCUGGAAUUGCCCUGGAGGCCCCUCUAUGAGCUUCAGGAGCGGAUUCUCUACUCUAAGACCGAGCACCUGGGCCUCAACUGGUUCCCCAACUCUCCUUGGCCGCACGCUUCCUCUAAACACGUAAUGAUAACGUUUAUUCAGAAAUGCUCUGUUGAAAAUGUGCUGAAAACACUUGUGAAAAGCUGCAGGCCGUACUUCCCAGCAUCAUCCACCCAGGAGAUGCUAGAUGAAUGGCGCCCACUGCUCUGCCCCUUCGAUGUCACCAUGCAGAGGGCUAUCAGCUACUUCGAGCUCUUCCUGCCCACCACGCUGCCCCCGGAGCUGCAUCACCAGGGCUUCCAGCUUUGGUUCCAAGAGCUAAUAGAUUUGUGGCUGUCAGUGCAGAACCUGCCAAGCUGGGAGGUGCAUCUAGUGAACCUCUUCGCCCGCCUUGCCAAUGACAACAUCGGCUACAUUGACUGGGACCCCUAUAUUCCCAAGAUAUUUACCAGAAUCUUGCGAAGUUUAAACCUUCCGGUGGGAACCAGUCAAAUGUUGGUUCCGAGAUAUGUGACGAACGCCUAUGACAUCGGCCACGUCGUCAUCUGGGUGUCCUCACUUCUGGGAGGACCCAGUAAACAAGCCCAGAAACAGCUGACUGGCCUUUUCAAGAGCAUCACCUCAUUCUUCCAUCCCUCAAAUCACGGCCGCUGGCUGAUGAAGCUGAUGAAGCUCCUUCAGCGUCUCCCGGCCAGUGUGGUGCGGCGGCUGCACCGUGAGCGCUACCGGAAGCCCACUUGGCUGACCCCGGUGCCCAGCAGCUACAAGCUGACAGAGCAAGAUGUCACCGACUUUGUAGAGAGCAUGAUGCAGCCGGUGUUGCUGGCCAUGUUCAGCAAGACGGGCAGCCUGGAUGCAGCGCAGGCCCUGCAGAACCUGGCGCUGAUGCGGCCUGAGCUGGUCAUCCCCCCAGUGCUGGAGAAGACAUACCCCGCUCUGGAGACACUCACUGAGCCGCACCAACUGACAGCUACGCUUAGCUGCAUGAUCGGCGUGGCUCGCAGCCUGGUCACUGGGGGGCCCCGCUACCCCGAGGGUCCCACACACAUGCUACCCCUUCUCAUGAGGGCCCUGCCAGGCGUUGACCCCAACGACUUCAGCAAGUGCAUGAUCACAUUCCAGUUCAUCGCAACCUUCUCUACUCUCGUGCCUUUGGUUGACUGUUCGUCCGCCAUUCAUGAAAGAAACGACCUGACAGAAGUUGAGCGGGAGCUAUGCUCCGCCUCGGCAGAGUUUGAAGACUUUGUUCUUCAGUUUAUGGACAGGUGCUUUGCGCUGAUUGACAGCAGCACGCUGGAACAGACCCGUGAGGAAAUGGAGACAGAGAAGAUGACCCACCUGGAGAGUCUGGUGGAGCUUGGUCUGUCUUCCACCUUCAGCACCAUCCUCACGCAGUGCUCCAUGGAGAUCUUUCAGGUAGCCCUGGAGAAGGUUUUCAACUUCGCCACGACAAACAUCUUCGAGACGCGGGUAGCAGGCCGGAUGGUGGCUGACAUGUGCCGAGCUGCAGCCAAGUGUCACCCAGCAGAAUCUCUGAAACGUUUUGUGCCGCACUGUUGCAACGCCAUAACCCAGAUCACAGCCAAUGAGGAGGUCCUCGGGGAGGAGGAGCUUGACAAGGAGCUGCUUUGGAACCUCCAGCUUCUCUCAGAGGUGACCCGCGUGGAUGGCGACAAGCUGUUGCCCUACUGCUCACAGCUGGUACAGAUUCUGCAACUUACGUUACACCUCAAGAGCAAGCAGGGCUACAGCCUGGCCUGCAACCUGCUACACCACAUGCUGCGCUCAACUGCCCUUAUCUACCCUACGGAGUACUGCAGCAUCCCGGGGGGGUUCCACUGGCCCCUCCAGGACUACCUGCCCAUCAAGGACUGGGGGCGACCUGGGGACCUGUUCGACCUGCAGAUCCAGUGGCAUGUGCCCAGCCCCGAGGAGGCUGCAUUUGUCUUCGACGUCCUCGACCUGCUUCUCCGGCCUGAGCUACAGCGCCUGCAGAAAUACGCCCAGGGGGAGCAGGGCAUGAACAGGGAUGACGUCCUGCAGAGCCUUUCCAUCGUGCAUCACUGCCUGCUGGGAGCUGGGAACUUGCUUCCACCCCUGGACGGGGAGCCCGUGCCCGGCCUGGUGGAGAGCCUGGUGAGCCUAGAAGAGACCACACUUCACACCGGUGUGGAAUAUGACCUCAUCAGGGAGAGGUACCGCGAGGCUAUCUGCAAGGUGAUGAGGGAGCUUCUCCGCUACAUCCUGGAGCACUCAGAAGAUGACACCAAAUCACUUUUUUCUAUCAUUAAGAUCAUCGGUGACCUGCUCUACUUCAAAGGUUCCCACAAGCAGGAGUUCGACUCCCGAUGGAAGAGUUUCAACCUCGUGAAAAAGUCGAUGGAGAACAGGCUCCAUGGCAGGAAGCAGCAUAUCCGGGCCCUGCUGAUCGAUAGGGUGAUGCUGCACCAUGAGCUUCGCAAGCUGACGGUGGAAGGCUGUUUGUUCAGGAGCGUCCACCGGGACCUGCUGAGAGACCUCCUUCGCCUGUCCACCAGCACCUACAGCCAGGUGCGGAGCAAAGCCCAGAGUGUGCUCUUCACCGCGCUGGGGACUUACAACUUCUGCUGCCGGGACCUGAUCCCCCACGUGUUGGAGUUCCUGGAGCCCGGCCGCAGUGAUGUCACACAGCAGCAGUUUAAAGGUGCCUUGUACUGUCUCCUGGGCAACCACAGCGGUGUCUGUCUGGCCAACCUGCACGACUGGGACUGCAUCGCGCGGACCUGGCCGGCCAUAGUGAGGUCGGGCCUCAGCCACGUCAUGUCGCUAGAGAAGCCGUCCAUCGUGCGUCUGUUUGAUGAUCUCGCCGACAAGGUCCACCGGCAGUACGAGACCAUCGGCCUCAGCUUCGACGUUCCAGAGAGCUGUUCAGCUUUGGGGCUGUCGAUGCUGAAGUCUGGGAACCCCACUCCCAGUAUGCCAGUCCCCACAGCCGAGGAGUUGGAAGAGGGAAGGCAGAAGCAGCAAGCAAAGAACCUCGAUGCCGUUCAGAAAUAUGAGAAGCUUGUUAGUGACCUGCUGGAUUGUCUCAGUGACAGGAACUUGCCCUGGAAGUUCGAACACAUUUCCAUCGGAUUCCUGUCACUUCUCCUCCGGGACGAUCACCCACUGCCACCCCAGGCUGUCCUCUUCUUCGUCAAGAGCCUUAACCACGACGCGCUCAUCGUGCGUAAGAUGGCAAUCUCCUCCGUAGCCGGGAUCUUAAAACAGCUGAAGAGGCCCCACAAGAAAGUGCCUGUCAACCCAUAUGAGCUCAGCGGAUUUAUGGACUCUGGGGAGGUGGCCGCUGGGGACAGGCCCAAUAACCAGUGGCUGCAGUAUGACAGCAGCUGUCUGCCACGUACUCAGCAGGCCUGGGAGCGCUGCCACUUUGUGGAGAAGACUCACUGGGGCUACUACAGCUGGCCACGGAAGCUGAUGGUCUAUGCCCCCUUGGAAGAGCAGCCCAAGCAGGGUUUGAGGAGGGAGGAGAUGACCGAGAUGGAACAGAUCAUCUACGACCAUUUCUCUGAUCCAGCAUUUAUCGACCAGCUUAUCGAAUUCUUGUCAUUAGAAGAUCGUAAGGGCAAGGACAAGUUUAGCCCACGCCGGUUCUGCCUCUUUAAGGGACUGUUCCGGAACUUCGAUGACACGUUCCUGCCCCUGCUGAAGCCGCACAUGGAGCGCCUGGUGGCCGACACCCAUGAGAGCAAGCAACGCUGUGUGGCCGAGGUCAUCGCUGGGCUCAUCCGUGGCUGCAAACAUUGGAGCUUCCAGAAGGUUGAGUCUCUCUGGAUGCUGCUGUGUCCCCUGCUGCGCACAGCACUGUCCAACAUCACCGUGGAAACCUACACGGACUGGGGCACCUGCAUCGCCACGGCCUGUGAAAGCAGAGACCCCCGGAAGCUGCACUGGCUCUUCGAGAUGCUCAUGGAAUCACCGGUCAAUGGGGAGGGCGGCUCCUUCGUCGAUGCCUGUCGUCUGUACGUACUCCAGGGUGGUCUGGCCCAGCAGGAGUGGAGAGUUCCGGAGCUUCUCCACCGCCUGUUGCAGUACCUGGAACCCAAACUCACGCAGGUGUACAAGAACGUCCGCGAGCGCAUCGGCAGUGUGCUGACCUACAUCUUCAUGAUUGACGUCAGUCUGCCUUACACGCGGCCCACGGCAUCGCCCCGCAUCGCCGAGUUCACAGAGCGCAUGCUGUUGCGCCUGAAGCCCCUCAUGGAGGGUGAGGAAGAGAUCCAGAAUCACGUGGUGGAGGAGAAUGGACUGGUGGAGCAGGACGAGCGGACGCAGGCCAUCAAGCUGCUCAAGACCGUGCUAAAAUGGUUGAUGGCCAGCACGGGGCGCUCUUUCUCCAUCGCCGUCCCUGAGCAACUACAGUUUUUACCUCUGCUCUUCAAGAUCGCACCGGUAGAGAACGACGACAGCUACGACGAGAUGAAACGUGACGCCAAGACCUGCCUCUCACUGAUGUCACAGGGUCUGCUGUAUCCUGCGCAGAUCCCCCAGGUCCUCCAAGUGCUGCUGGAGAUCGCGGAGAGCAGCUCCUGGCAUGCGCGCUACACGGUGCUCACCUACCUGCAGAUCAUGGUCUUCUACAACCUCUUCACCUUCCUGGAUGACGGGCAGGCUGUGCGUGAUGUCCGGGGACUGGUCAUCAGACUGCUGGAGGAUGAACAGCUGGAGGUGAGAGAGAUGGCGGCCACCACCCUCAGCGGCUUCCUGCAGUGCAACUUCCUGUGCAUGGACGGCCCCAUGCAGGCACGCUUCGAGGCCUUGUGUAAGACGCGGCUGCCCAAGAGGAGGAGGCGGGAGCCAGGCUCCGCGAUGGACACCAUCCCCUCGGCAGACCUGGUCCGUCGACAUGCUGGGGUCCUCGGCCUCAGCGCCUGCAUCCUCUCCAGCCCGUAUGACGUUCCCACCUGGAUGCCCCAGCUGCUCAUGGACAUGAGUGCCCACCUCAACGACACCCAGCCCAUAGAGAUGACGGUGAAGAAAACCCUUUCAAACUUCCGGCGCACUCAUCAUGACAAUUGGCAGGAGCACAAGCAGCAGUUCACCGAUGACCAGCUCCUGGUGCUGACCGACCUGCUGGUCUCCCCCUGCUACUACGCCUAGCCCAGAGCACAGAGACAGUGUCUCACCCAUCCAGAUUUUUUUUUUUUUUUUUAAUGGAAGAUGAUGGAACCAAUGAAGUCAGAAGAUAUCUUCAGUUCUUAAGGGUUCCGGGCUGUUCUGUGACUGACUGCGGACACAUUUGACCCCGCUGUGUGAACAAGAGAAGCUUGAUAGAACCUAGCCAA